UGUAGAGGCGUACCGUCGAGUGUCUACAUACUAUAAGAUAUAAUAUGAAGCAUCGGGCUCUGCUCGACUACCUGUACCACAUCAACGAUCAGAAUAUAUCCGAUCCAGAGUGGUGGUCGCACGCCCGAUAGCACCUCCGUUCACAAGAUCAGGGAUCCGCACUUCCGCAGCUCGGAAGACACCCACAUUUUCGGCUGACCAAGGGGCGGUAUCAGGGGAACAAGUCUCUUAUCAUGGCGGCUUCCGACCUAGUCACAGAGUUACAACAUUAUACAUCCAGUGAUGUUGCAGAUGCGCUGGUCAAGCUUGGGGUGCGGUAUGGAGGGUACCUGCACGGGCUGAAGAUGUUCUCGCCGGAGCAACAAGCAGGGAGCACGAAAAUCGUGGGUCCUGUAGUCACAGUACAGAUGGUGGACGCUGCGGACACGACCGCGCCGACCCCCAAACAGUUCUUUGUGGACUGUGUCCAGCCUGGUGAAGUCGUGUUCAUAUCACAGCCGCAGGGAUACUACACCGCAUGUUGGGGUGGCCUGAUGAGUACGAGAUCCAAGUAUUUGGGUGCCCGGGGAGUGGUGAUCGAUGGCAAUUUCCGCGACAUUCUGGAGCAUCGAGAACUCGGGUUUCCUUUGUUCGCCCGAGCGACUUCGCCAGUGGGGUCUGCGGGAGUGACUCGCUCUUCCAGAGUCAACGUGCCCGUGCAAUUCACGUCGCCGGAGCAGAAGCGACCUUUCAUCAUCCAUCCGGGAGAUUACGUCGUAGCUGACGCCGACGGUGUGGUCAUCAUCCCUGUCCAUCAUGCACCUGAAUGCUUGCGGCUCAUGGCAGAACGAGCCGAGAUUGAUCGCAAAACUCUCGAGGCGCUACACAAAGGUGAACCAAUGGGCCUAACAAUCGCCCGGCUGCGUGUGUAGUCUUGGAAACACACACCCCUGCUUGUUGACACUCCUAGCGAGUCUCUUCUCACUCCUGAACUCGUGGAUAAAUUGUCUCGUGCGGCUACUUGUUUGGGUGCCACACUAUGUAUCUAUCGCUUCCGACGUCGACACAUCCAAAAGCGCAAGAUGAACAAGGAAAACAUCAUCCCCGGCUCAGAACAGAAUUUUUCAAAACGUGUAAAGUUCAGGUUGCUCCAGUAAACACAUGCUGUCUCGGCCCGUUACAGUCACUGACCAUCAUGCUUCAUUUAACCAUGAAGUCUCUCGUGGGACAUGAAGGCUACCACUACUAGAGCUAUCUCUCCGAUCUACUUGAUCGGCAGACCAAGCGUGUCGAAUUGUGAGAGGAUUCGGCAGGUCCAUCGGGUCUGUGAAGACUCGGCUAGGAAACACGGCUUAUAAUUCAACCCUGGGACGUACGUGAAGGGGAGAGGCGUGGACCUGAGUGCCCAGCUCGAGGUUCAAGGGUAGAGAAUGGAGCCGUCCGAGAUCCUGAACGUCCUGCGCGUUCUCCCUCGACAAAAGGUUUAGCGGUCGCUCAAGCGGAACAGGCCUGGGCAAGGCCCCGGGACUCCUGACAGCAAUGAUGACCAAUAACCUAAAUCUACGAUCAAGGUGAACAGAUUCGAAGAUUGGCACACUGGACACGUUGAGGAUCUGCUUCCGAAAAUGGAGAUAUCUAUUACAAAGAUGUACCUAAUGUACGCCCUCUAUCUAACGCUAUGCCAUGCUAGGCCACGCCAGGAUGAUGAGUCCUACAAGUCAACCACAAACCACAAGACGAGACUCCGGCACACGCAAAGCAUCAUGAAGCUCAAAACUUGAAAUCCUUAAGAGGACGACAUCGAGACCGAAGAGUAGCAGACGGAAAAGGAUGUCAAUGUCAUCAAGCUUCUCCCGGCACGUUCUUCUCGGCUAUAGCCAAACCCUCUUCGGUCUGGGAAGCUUUGUUGUUGCGCGGUUUGUGGACAAGACCCUGUUCGGUCUCAAGGGCGACAUUCAUGUCGUAUGCUUUGACGAAGUAACUGGCGAUGAGACACACGGCAGCCAAGGCGGUGAGGACGAUCCAGACGGUGCGCAGACUCUUAACGUAGGCGGUGCGCAGCUCCAGCUUUCGCUGACCCGCGGGGGUGUCGUUAAUGAUUUGGACGAGGGCGGCGGCAUCCGCGGCCAACGAGCUGGCCUGGGCAGCCAGGUCCGGGUAGUGCUUGAGGUUUUUGACCAUCUCGUUCUGGAAAAUUACGCCGCCGAUGGCGACACCGACGGACAUGCCGAAAUUGCGGAAGAAGAUGAACAUGGAGACGGCAAAGGCCAUGUCCUUGUUGGUGCUCGCGGCUUGCAGCUGGAAUUGGAGGGAUGGAAACAACAUGCCUAGACCGAUGCCCGAGACCAAAUCGAUGAAGAUCCACUGCGGGAUCGUGGUGUCGACGUCGAGCAAGAGCAAAAGCCCCAGGCCGAGCACAGUGAUUACCCAGCCGGUCCAGAUGGACCAGCGAUAAGCGGCCGUCUUUGCGAUCAGGAUCCCAGUCACCACCCCGAUGGGCGCGACGGUGAAGGUGGCCGGGAACAAGGCCACGCCCGCCACGACCGGCUUGUAUCCUUUGACUGCUUCAAAGUACAGAGGCUGGUAGUACAGCAGACACCAGAGGAUCAUACCGUGCAGCGCCGUGCAGAAAAAGGCCAGGUUGGCCGUGCGGUUGCCGAACACCGACAGCCUCAUCAGCGGCUCGGGCGCCAGGUAUGCCUCGAAGAAACAGAAGCCCACGCAGCCCGCCGCCCCAACCAGCAGCGGCACCAACGUCCGCCACGACGACCAGGAGUACAUGACGCCGCCCCACGUCAGCGGAAUGAGGAUACUCGUCAAGCUGCCGACAAUAAGAACGGUGCCGAUCCAGUCGACCCGGCGCAGCUUCGCGACCAUACUCUGCGGGAUGACAUUGAGUCGGAGGAACACAGGCACCAUGACGACUCCGAUGCCGAUGAAGGGAAGGUUGAGCCAGAGGAGCCACCGCCACUGUGAUUCUGCGAAUGCUCCGCCGAUAAUGGGCCCCGACACGCUUCCGAUACUCCACAUUCCCGCCAGUACGCCGGUCCAUUGUCCUCGCCAGCGGAGAGGGAUGAGGUCGGUGACCACGAUUUCGGUCAUGGCCAUGAUGCCUAGUCUAUGUUAGAAAAGGUGAUUGUCAGGAUAUAUGGACAGACUCACCACCACCGCCGAUGCCCUGGAUCGUCCGACCGGCUAACAGAAGAUCAAAGUUCUUGGCCAUGCCGGCCAUCAUGACGCCUAUAAAAAACAAAGCAAUCGAGACCAUGAUGACUGGCAUUCGUCCGAAAAUGUGGCUAAAGGAGCCAUAGUUGGGUUGAAAGACCGUCGAGGCCAACAAGAACGACGUCCCUACCCAGAACGCUUCGAUGGCCGUGCCGUGCAACUUCUUCGCAAUGACGGGCAACGCCACGCUGAACGAUGUCCCGUCCAAUGCCACCAUCAGCGUCAGGACGGCCAGCGCAGUGAAGGCCAGCAGGAAGCUGGUGGUAGGGACGAAUUUAGGAGUCUCCUCGGGCUUAACGUCAUCUCGUUCAGGCUGUGAGGAAACAGACACGGACGAGGCUGUUUCAUCGGAUUGUAUUUGCUGAGGCACGGGGCCCGUUUCCUGAUGCGUUUCGACCUUGGUUAGAGGUGAUGGGUCUACCGGCGUAGACAUGAUGAGAAGAGUAGGUACUGGUAGGUCGUGGUAAAGUCAAGGUAGGUCAACAGUUGUAGAAUUGGUCGAGGCCUUCCAGGUGGUACUGGAGAUGUGUUGGGAGGGGACUGACACCUUGGCGGGUAGCGAGAUGUCACUGAAGUGAAGCGAGUUUUACUUCGACGAAAUAUACGUCUGUAUUUGGAUAAAGACAAAACAUAGAGAACACGCGAAAUGAGAUGCUUGAUAUACCCUACCGUGAUAGUAC